AUGUUUUGGCGCUUCGGCUUCUCGUCGACCUCGACGCUGGACUCGCUCCUGGAAAAGAGCAACGUCACCCUGGAAGAGGUCCUAGACGAGGAUGACCUCCUGUCAGAGUGCAAGGCCCAGAACCAGAAGCUGAUCGCCUACCUCCAGCAGAAGCGGGUGCUCAAGCGCCUGCUGGAGCACGUUGUCGGAACCGCACGCCUGCGCGGCACCGGCGGCAAGGACUGGGAGGAAAAGGUCAAAUUCAAGUACCCUUACAUCGCCUCCGAGGUUCUCAGCAGCGACAUCUGGGCCAUCUCCGAAGCGCUCACUUCGUCUCCGGAGGAGUUCCUGGCGCCGUUCUGGGACGCUGUCCUCACAUCGCGGCCGACGCCCUCGCAGGCACCGCUGCCGAUCCACUCGCACCCGCUGUUCUCGGACAGCGCCCCAAAAUCGCCAUUGCUCGGCGUCACCAACGUGGGCGAGAGCUCUGGCAGCAGCUCGGAAUCCGAGUCGGCCGACGGUCCUGGCCCGAGAGCCUUCACAGCGCUCGACAAUGGGCCAGGCCGCAGCGUGCUGGCAGGGUAUUGGGCCAAGGUCAACGGCGUGCUGCUCGAGAGGAAGCCCAGGGAGAUGCUCACGUUCAUACAAGGCCUGCCGCGGAUCGUGGAGCGCUUCGUCGCUCACCUAGAGACGCCGGCGGUGGUCGACCUCCUCUUCCGCAUCAUCCAGACGGAAGAGUCGCUGCCAAACGCUGGAGUCAUUAGCUGGCUGUCGGCGGAUGAGCUCAUCCCGCGCGCCGUCGACCUCCUUGCACCAAAUUACUCGGUGGACCUGCACAACACCGUCUCGGAGCUGCUCAAGGCAAUCAUCGCUCUGGCAGCGCCGUCGCCGGCGAGCCUCAACCAGGGUCAGGGCAUGGAGGCGGGCGACCAAUUUGGUCAGCAGAACGUCGGAGGCAUCAACAACCGACUGGUUCGCGAGCUGGCUAGCGAGCCCAUCGUGCGCAAGAUGGUCGGCUUCAUGCUCGACGCCCAGCUGCCUCAGCAGCUGACGCGCCGCCUGACGGACGUUGCCGACGAGCAGCUGGCGCAGCUGGCGCUCGACGACGGAUCGGGCUCGAAGUUCCGCAAGCCCUCGACGCUCGGCGCGCCGACCGCCGGCCUCUCGACCCUGUCCGAGACGCCGACGACGCCGGACCAGGAGUCGGCGCUCGAAGACGAAGACGAUGACAGCGGCUUUAUCCGGCCGCUCAACCCGCGCGAGUUCCCGGCCUCGGAGUCGCAGUCCCGGUCGCCCGGCGCUGGCGCCCAUGAACACCGCGACUCGACGGCAACGGUGCGGCCGUCGAACUUCUUCCCACCGGUCUCGGCACCGACCGUGCAAGUGACCAAGGAGACGACCAACUCGUCGCUCGUCACCUGCAUCAGCGUGUUCAUCGAGCUGAUCCGCAAGAACAACAGCGACUACUUUGAGCAGCAUCUCUUCCAUACUCUGCGGACCCACCUCUUGCAGCGGCAGCAGGAGCUGUCGGAGAAGCGCGCCAUGCGCCAGAGCGACGCCAGCGCCACGUCGACCGACGACAAGGACCAGUCUGGGUCCGCGAACCAGAACGAGGCCGUCGAAAACAACGAGGAUGACGACGAAGAGAUGGAAGGCAUGGAGGAGGCCAUGGCCGAGAUGGCCGACAAGCUCGGCAUUGUCCACCUCGGGCCCAUGCUCCAGAUCCUCGCCGAUCGGCUGCAGGAUUUCCAGGGCAUCGUGACCAAGCCGCGCACCGACGAGCCGCUGAUGAACAGCACCGUCGGCGAGAUCGUGCCGCUCACGUUUGAGCGGUACCGGAUCACUGAGCUCUACGCCGAGCUCCUCCACUGCUCCAACAUGGCACUGCUCAACCGCGCACCGGGCGAGGGCCCACAGUACUCGCCCGACGGCACCCUCAUGGGCGGCAUCGAGGGCCUUCAGGUCCUCGCCCGGACGCUGCAGGGUGGCGAUGGGCCGGAGGUGAACGACACCAGCCGGGUCGUCGAAAGCCAUGCCGAAGGCGACGAGGCCAGCAUGGAAGUCGAUGCGGCCGCAGGCAAUGAUGCGGCGACGAAGCCAGAGGCGGAGGCGCAGGCGGAAGAGGCGAUGCCGGCCACGGUCACGGCCACUGCCGACUCGACCGAAGCGAUGGACGAGGAUGGUGCCACAAGCGCCGGCACACCCGCCGUCGACGCCACUGGCGAAACGGCGACGGAGACGUCCGGCUCGGCCAGGUCAAGCCACAUCCGCGAAAAGUCGUCGACACACCACGUCGGAGGGACCGCGUCCGAGGACACCGAAGACGAGGCCCUGCUGAACGAGGUUUCCCUGAGUGACAAGCAGCCCGAAGCAUCCUCCGAGACGCCAGCAGCAGCAGAAGCAGAAGCUGAGGCAGAGGCAGCCGUGGAUUCGACAUCGACCACACAAGAGGCGCCUGCUACCGACGCGGCAGCGACGACCUCGGAUGCCGCCCAGGCCAAGGGCGACGACGACGACGACGGCGGCGACCAGGACGCCAAGAGCAUCAUCUCGGCGCUCUCGGGCAUGUCGCUGGCCGAGCUGACGACGCCGCAGCCGAGCGGGCCGCCCAGCCCGAUCGACGACUCGCGCGAGUACGUCGUCGGCGACCUGCUCAAGAAGAAGUUCCUCGAGUGCAGCAUCAUCCCCUCGCUGUUGGAUCUGUUCUUCAAGUACCCGUGGAACAACUUUCUCCACAACGUCGUCUACGACAUCCUGCAGCAGUUUUUCAACGGUCGCAUGGACGUCGGCCUCAACCGGAAGCUCACCAUGGCCGUCUUCGAGCAGGGCCACCUGACGCAGCGGAUCAUCGAGGGCCACGCGCGCAACGUCGAGUCGAUGAAGGGGCCCCGCCGCAUCCGGCUCGGCUACAUGGGCCACAUGAAUUUGAUCGCAGAGGAGACGGUCAAGCUGCUGGAGCGGUACCCGCUCGAGGUGGCGCGGCCCAUCUCAAAGUCGCUCGAGCAGCCGGCUUGGGACGACUUUGUCAACCAGACGCUGCGUGAGAACCGCGAGAGGGAGGCCGGACCGUUGGCGGGAGGGCGUCCCACGGCUGGUGCGUCGAUGAGUUUCGGCGCCGACGACGAUGACGAGCAAGACCGUGUCGGAGCCGGCAGCAGCUCCUUCGCCAGCUAUCUGUCGUCGCAGAUCGGCGGGGCGGCGGGCACCUCUGACGACGACGACUCCGACGAGGAGCAGAGCUGGCUCUCGCAUGGCAUCCACUCGGGCGCCCGGUCGAGCGGCUUCGAGGACGCAUUCGCGCCCAACGGCGGCUCCGACGACCAGGACGACGAGUGGGGUCCGUUUGCCGACCCGGCCGAUGGCGAUCCGAACAAGACAAGUUUCGACUUCCCCUCGACCUCGACCUCUGCGGCCGGCAACCCGUUCGCCCAGAACCUCACGCCGGCUGACUGGUCGGCCCAGUUCCGCCGCGAGGGCACACCCGACGCCCCCUUUGUCGACGACGACGACUCGAGCUCGUCCAACGGCAGCAGCAGCGGCGGCGACAACGACGGGACGGGCGCCAACCGCGAUGGCGACACCCCAUUCGUCGACCUCCUGGACCCCAGCACGCUGCGCCGGACCGACGUCGUGGCCCAGACGCAUGCUCGGAGACCGAGCCUCGGCCAGCUCGAGGCGUCCUCGUUGCCGCCCGUUGAGCCGCGGCGCCGGGGUUCCUCGGCCAGCAGCGGCUCGAGCGAGCCCAUCGCUCUGCAGGCCACCGACGGCGAAUCGCCGCUGGGACCGGGCGUGCCGGCCGACAUUGAGCAAAGGGACGACGGCAUGCUGCAGAGGACGCUGGAAGACGGGACCGUAGUCGUGGUGCCGCUGGACGAGGUGGCGCUGGCGAGCGAGGAGGGCCAGUCCGAGAGGCGUACCUCGUCCGAAGAGUCUGGCGCCACGGCAGCGGCCGACGAGGCAGCGGCAUCCCACUGA